AUGGCACCCCCGACGACUCCAGGAACUUCUCCGCAGUUGGACUCUGCUCCGACAACGGCGUCAAGGUUCAUCGGCCCGGGACCAUUCGAUCCCGAGAAUGAAGACUGGGGAUUGUAUCAGAUCCGUCUUCAAGCGUGCCUCGACGUUUCCGGAAUUGUAUCAGAUGUCGACAAAAGGAACACCCUGAUUGCGCUUUUGGGGCAGGGGACUUUCAAGAUAUUGUACUCGUUAGUCCAACCCAACAAGAUCACCGAGGUGCCUUUCGUCGACCUCCUGAAGAAGUUAGACGCUCAUUUUCCCCCGAAGCGCUUAAAGGAAUUCGAACGUGCGAAGUUGUUCUCCGCGCACCAGGAGGAGCACGAGACACCGACGACAUUCCUUGCAAGGCUUAGGUCAAUCAUAUCAUUUUGUCAGUAUGAAAAGGAAUCUGACCCACGGGCCUGUUUUUUACUCACUGCAUUCAUUGUUGGUCUGCGGGACCAACGUAUUAGAGCACGCUUAGUCCAGGAAACUGACCUCGACAUCAACAAAGCGUUGAAUAUUUCUGAAAGUUGUCUGAGGGCCGAACAGGAAUCUCGUCAGUUGGAUGGGAAGACGUCAGCUUCAUCUACCUUAAGCACCGUCAGCAAAGUGCGAAGUGGCGGCGACCGACCGCAAGAAAGGUGUUUCCGCUGCGGUAACACUAACCAUUCAGAAGCGUCCUCUCGUUUCAACAAAGAGCGGUGCAGGGCUUGUAACCGAAUGGGUCAUAUCGAACGCAUGUGUCCAACGAAGAAGAGACAGACUGCUCGAACAGUUUCUUCCCGCCGCUCUGUGAAAACAAUUAAGAGUGUCUUGGCUGUUGGACACGAGCAGGAGGCUUUAACGUGUAUCAUCGACGGAAUACCGAUUCAAGUACAAGAGGACACUGGCUCCUAUUACACUAUCUUGGGUGAAGAUGUUUGGCUCAAGCUGGGAAAGCCUAAAUUGGAUCCAGCUCCUCAGAAACUCAAGGUCCUCACCGACCACAGGAUACCGUUAAACGGCCAACGUUUGGUCAACGUAACUGUUGCCGGCGAAACAUAA